CCUCAAGGAACGUCCUGUGGGUGAUCGAGGGGACCUCCUGCGACCUGCCCUGGCAGGCCGCCCUCUUCAAAGGCGAGAAGUUCAUCUGCGGCGGGACGCUGGUGGACAAGAACUGGGUGUUGACGGCUGCCCACUGCCACGUCCCGGGCUUCAUCAACGUGCGGUUGGGGGGCCGGAGCCACAAGGAUUCGGGUGGCACCGAGCAGUGGAGACACUCGGCCAAGGUCUUCAGGUACCCGUGGUACAACGAGACCAACAAAGAUGGCGACUUGAUGCUCCUCAAGUUCUUCUUGCCCAUCCAUGUCACCAAGCAGGUGAAGCCAUUGCCAUUGGCUUCCCGUUGCCCUGUGCCCGGCAAGACGUGCCAGAUCUCAGGUUGGGGGUCCACCACCAGCCCUACAGUGACUUUCCCUGAGGACCUUCACUGCACCAAGGUCACCAUCGUCUCAGAGGAGCAGUGCCGGCGCAUCUACCCCGGCUCCGUCACCCCCAACAUGGGUGACUCCGGGGGACCCCUCAUGUGCGACGGGCGACUCCAGGGUAUCGUUUCUUGGGGUCCGGGCGGGAUGUCCACGUGGACACGCUGGAAUCACCCGCUGGAGGCCAAAUCCGCACGGAGCCGAGGCCUCUGUUUCACCCGGCGGGGUGGAGAGGACACGGAUAUUCCCACCUCCACGAAGGGAGCCACGCCGGUCACCUUGCGCAAGGUGUCACCCUCCCUCUUCCGCCACGUGGUGGAGGCCCGGCGCGUUGGAGGGUGUGGGCCUCGUCUGGCCGCCGCGGUGGGGCAAGAGGUUUUGGACCAGGUCCAAGUCGACGAGGAGGUGGAGGAGGAAUCGCUCGGCGUUGCCGGGGCCGCUGGUGGCCACCGGUGA